AUGUUGACAUGCGUAAAAACUACACUUCCCCAAAGCUGUCACGGAGCGCUGCCGCCUCCUAUUGGCUGUUGGCUCCAGCCGCAGCCCCAGAGAAUGAAUGAAAUUGAAAUAGCUGCUACAUUACAUGUACAAUACCGGGCUCUGCAGUGUUGCAUUCUAUCACACUGUAUCAAAAUGGCCACAGCGGUGCAGAACCCCCUGAAAACGCAAUCUGGAGGUGCAGUCAUCAAGAACAGUCUUGGUGAGGAGUUUUACAAGGAGGCUAUCGAACACUGUCGCAGCUACAAUGCCCGUCUGUGUGCCGAGCGCUCCAUGCGUCUUCCAUUCCUGGACUCCCAGACUGGGGUGGCCCAGAGCAACUGUUACAUCUGGAUGGAGAAGAACCACCGUGGACCAGGACAUGCACCGGGGCAGUUGUACACAUACCCUGCUCGCUGCUGGCGCAAGAAGAGGCGGCUAAACAUCCUGGAGGAUCCGCGGCUCGUACCCAUUGAGUUCAAAAUUGACUACGAGGCUUCUCUAAAGAAAGAGGGGGGAAUACCUGACGGCCCCGUGCUGGAGUCACUGCUUGCUGGAGAAACCUUAGACAAGAAGGUAGAAACCAAGGAAGAAGAGCCCAUGAGUGAAUGUCAGAAGCUGCUUGUCGGGGACUUCCCUCAUGAGCUGGAGGUGGAUGAGCUGGAAGAAGAUGUUCCUAAGAGAAAGAACCGCACCAAAACACGGGCCUACGGUGUCGGGGGCAUGAGGAAGAGACAAGAGUUGCCUGCCAUUGAAGACAGAGACAAGCCUUACGUCUGUGACAUCUGUGGAAAGCGCUAUAAGAACCGCCCGGGGCUGAGUUACCAUUACACUCACACCCACCUGGCAGAUGAGGAGGGGGAGGAAGACUCGGAGCGACACACACUACCCUUCCAGCGCAAGAACAACCACAAGCCCAAGAAAGCAGCGGACGGCUCAGUGAUCGCCAACGGUUACUGCGACUUCUGCCUCGGAGGCUCAAAGAAGACCGGCUGUCCUGAGGACCUCAUCUCCUGUGCAGACUGUGGACGCUCAGGCCACCCGUCCUGUCUGCAGUUCACAGUGAACAUGACGGCUGCGGUGAGGACUUAUCGCUGGCAGUGCAUCGAGUGCAAGUCCUGCAGCCUGUGUGGCACGUCUGAGAACGAUGACCAGCUGCUGUUCUGUGAUGAUUGUGACAGAGGUUACCACAUGUACUGUCUGAGUCCUCCCAUGUCUGAACCACCGGAGGGGAGCUGGAGCUGUCAUCUUUGUCUGAGACAGCUGAAGGAGAAGGCCUCAGCCUACAUCACACUCACUUAAUCCACAAAGCGGUGCCUCAUUCUCCUUCCUCCUCUCCCAAACCUUCCCCUCCACGCUCCUCUCUGUGCCUCAGCCACUCCCCCCUCCUCCUCCUCCUCCUCCUCCUCCUCCAGAAUCAGUACCUUUGACCUUUGACACGACCAAGCACACGGCACCAUGCGCAUCUUUGAAGCCAUUCUCCAGUGACGAGCCAAACCUCUGUCCUUUUUCUCAUAUCAAUUCCAUGUUGUGCUUCGGUCCCUAACACAGGAAUUCAUCAGCUGGCAAGUUUGCUAGUGAGACACACACAUGCGCACACACACACACACACACACACACACACACACUCCAGACUGCCAAGGGCACUUCAGAGGCGUGCUACUCCACAGGAACCCUCUUAAAGGCCCUUGGAAGACCC